GCGCGAAGAAGCCUUUUCCGGGUAAGACACGUAAUAUAAAUAGGCUGGUCUACAGUACGGGUGUUUGAAGAAUACACAACACCAAUGAUUCCCAUAUGUCCAGUUGUUUCCUUCACCUAUGUGCCCAGCCGGCUUGGUGAAGAUGCCAAAAUGGCUACCGGCAAUUACUUUGGAUUUACCCAUGGCGCUGCCGCUCAGUACAGUCAGCAGCCAGCUGGUGGGGUAGCAUACACGCAUCCCACCACAGUGGCCAGUUACACGGUUCAUCAGGCACCUGUGGCAGCACACACUGUGGCAGCGGCCUAUGCUCCUACUGCAGCCACCGUUGCAGUUGCUAGGCCUGCACCUGUUGCUGUGGCAGCCGCUACUGCCGCAGCUUAUGGAGGAUACCAGCCAACCCAUGCUGCCACUGACUACGGCUACCCUCAGCGCCAGCCUGAAGUCCCGCCACCACCACCACCAGUCACCUCACAGAACUACCAGGACUCCUACUCCUAUGUGCGGUCCACAGCUCCUGCUGUAGCUUAUGAUAGUAAGCAGUACUACCAGCAGCCCACUGCUACAGCGGCUGUUGCUGCUGCACAGCCACAACCCAGUGUGGCAGAUUCCUAUUACCAGACAGCCCCCAAACCAGGAUAUAGCCAGGGGGUAACAUCAUACACCCAGAGCCAGCAGACUCGACAAGUGACUGUGAUAAAGCCAGCUGCUCCCAGCCCAGCCUCAUCCACUUUCUCCAUCUACCCUGUGACCUCCACCGUCCAGCCCGCUGCUGCAUCUGUGGUCCCCUCAUAUUCCCAAAGCCCAACCUACAGCACAAAUGCUGUCACCUACUCUGGAACCUCGUACUCUGGCUAUGAGGCAGCAGUUUACUCAGCUGCCUCCAGCUACUACCAGCAGCAGCAGCAGCAGCAGCAACAGCAGCAGCAACAGCAACAGAAGCAGGCAGUGGCAGCUGUAGCAGCGACGGCAGCAUGGACCGGAAAUACUUUUACCAAGAAACCCCCCUUUCAGAGUAAACAGCUUCGACCCAAGCAGCCACCCAAACCCCCUCAGAUCCACUAUUGUGAUGUCUGUAAGAUCAGCUGUGCUGGCCCGCAGACUUACAAGGAGCAUCUUGAAGGCCAGAAGCACAAGAAGAAAGAAGCAGCGCUGAAGGUUUCCCAGAGCAAUAGCAGCAGUGGAAGUGGUGGAGGAGUAUUGGCCCGCAAUGCUCAGAACCAGCUCCGCUGUGAACUUUGCGACGUUUCCUGCACUGGCGCUGAUGCCUAUGCUGCCCAUAUCCGUGGAGCCAAGCACCAGAAGGUUGUGAAGCUUCAUACCAAACUUGGUAAGCCCAUUCCCUCUACUGAGCCCAGCAUGGUCACUCAGACAUUAUCCUCCACCACAGCUGCCCCAAGCAAGACCACCACAGCUAACCUGAAUAGUUCCAGUGCCACCAGUUCUCUGUGUAUGGCUGCCACGUCCUCCUCCCCUGCAAACAGCUCCAGCCCCCCCUACCUGAAACCUGUCAACAUAGUCAGCAGUGGUGUGACAGGUGUCAAGAACCCAUUGGCUGGCAGCCUCUCUGCUGCCAACUCUACAUCAGCUGGGAAGAAAGUCAACACCCCCAAGAUCAAUUUUGUUGGGGGAAAUAAAUUACAGACCACAGUGAAGAUGGACGAGACCAGAGCCGACACCAAAGCGGAGGCUUCUAAGCCUACAAUUCCCUCUUUAGGUACUCAAGACCCCAAGACUGACAUUUCUGACUCUCUGUCCACAUCAGCCCUGGCUGCACUGCAGAGUGACGUCCAGCCUGUCGGGCAUGACUACGUCGAGGAAGUCCGGAACGAUGAAGGAAAAGUCAUCCGCUUCCAUUGCAAGCUAUGUGAAUGUAGCUUCAAUGAUCCAAAUGCAAAGGAAAUGCAUCUGAAAGGUCGGCGGCAUCGCCUGCAAUACAAGAAAAAGGUGAACCCAGAUCUGCAGGUGGAGGUCAAACCUAGCAUCCGAGCCAGAAAGAUACAGGAAGAGAAGAUGAGGAAGCAGAUGCAGAAAGAGGAGUACUGGAGAAGAAGAGAGGAGGAGGAGCGCUGGAGAAUGGAAAUGAGGCGUUAUGAAGAAGACAUGUACUGGAGACGUAUGGAGGAGGAGCAGCACCACUGGGACGACCGACGUCGUAUGCCAGACGGAGGGUAUCCACAGGGGCCUCCUGGUCUACUUGGAGUCCGCCCUGGCAUGCCUGGCCUGCAGCCUCAGGGUCCUGUGCCCCCACGUAGGCCAGAUUCUUCAGAUGACCGCUAUGUCAUGACCAAGCAUGCAGCCAUCUACCCAUCAGAAGAUGAACUCCAGUCUAUCCAGAAAAUUGUCUCAAUCACAGAACGUGCCCUCAAACUGGUCUCGGACAUCAUUACAGACCAGGACAAUGUCAAAGAAGAGGACAAAGAGAAGAAAGAACCUGCUAAAGACAGAGCCCUGAAGGGAGUGAUGAGGGUUGGAGUCCUGGCCAAAGGCUUGCUUCUUCGUGGGGACAAGAAUGUGAACCUUGUCUUGCUGUGCUCUGAGAAGCCCACCAAGGGCCUCCUCACCCGCAUUGUGGAGCACCUUCCCAAACAACUAACAAUGGUAACAGCAGAAAAAUAUGAGGUCAAGGGAUCUAUCCAGGAAGCUGCCAUCAUUCUGACAUCCUGCACAGAUCCAAAGAUGCAAGUCAUAAUCACACUGACCUCACCUGUCAUCAGAGAGGAAAAUGGCCAGGACGGAGAUGUAACUUCGGGUAUGGUGAAAGACCCAGCGGACGUCUUGGACAGGCAAAAAUGCCUUGACGCUCUGGCUGCUCUGCGCCACGCUAAGUGGUUCCAGGCUAGAGCCAAUGGACUUCAGUCGUGUGUGAUCAUCAUCCGAAUUCUGCGAGACCUCUGUCAGCGAGUUCCCACAUGGUCAUCCUUCCCAGGCUGGGCCAUGGAGCUGCUAGUUGAGAAGGCCAUCAGUAGCGCCUCUGCCCCCCUCAGCCCAGGUGAUGCACUGAGACGUGUCUUUGAAUGUAUUUCCUCCGGGAUUUUACUUCCAGGUGGGCCCGGAUUGGUCGAUCCCUGUGAAAAGAAAGCAGUGGAUACACUGAUACCCAUGGGCGAGCAACAGAGAGAGGACAUUACCUCAAGUGCCCAAUUUGCUCUGAGGCUGCUGGCAUUCCGUCAGAUCCAUAAAGUUUUGGGUAUGGACCCUCUUCCGCAGAUGAACCCUCGCUUCAACAUCCGCAACAGCCGCAAGCGUCGUCGUGACAACAGUGAUGGGACAGACAGCUUUGAGGGUGAAGGCAAAAAGGACAAGAAGGAUUAUGAGAGUUUCUAAGCCUCUAUUACUAAUUUAAAGUAAUCUGUACACUGAAAUGUAUCAACAUGUUGUAUGCGCUGUCUCCAGUGUAAGCUCCAGCGUUGCUGUUUUGUUCUUGUCCCUUUUAAACAUGUAUCGUGUAAUUGCAGCAUUUCACUGUAUUAUUACACAAAGAAAAACAUUCAAUUUAUGUACCAUUUUAGUUGUAGAUUUCUUAAAGUUAAGACCUCUCUGUACUAGUUAAUACAGUUUUUACCUAAUGUGCUUCUUAAAUAGAAGUGUUGAAGCCAGUGGCUUAUUCAUUUUCUGCUGCUGCUCCCCUCUGAACUGUGUUUUAGUUUGAGUAUAAGUUGAAGGGGAAGGAGGAGAUCACAGGAUCAGAUCUAAGGCCAGACUUCUGUAUUGUGGAUCAGGACGGAAAGCGGGGAUUAAUGUAAAUGCCUUCAUUCAUCUGUAUAGUUGCAUUCAGAGGUGGAUUGAACACUUGUUGUUGAUGAUGUUGUUGUUAUUAUUAUUAUUAUUAUUAUUAUUAUUAUUAUUAUUAUUAUUAUUAUUAUUAUUAUUGUUAUUAUUGUGAAGCAUUAAUUUGGCCACUGUUCAAAGAUUUGCUUUUCAAUAUGAAUUACUGUGCUUAACGCAGGUGAUGUUUGAUGCUGUGGUCUUGUUACGUCUCAACGCUCAGCUACACUUACCGAUAAAAGACCUAUGAGGCAUUGCACAAAGAUUCAGACUUAAACUCAUAAAUUGUGAUAGAUCUUUAUUAGAGAAAUUGUUAGCCCUAAAUGUCAGUGUCACUUUCAUAUGCUUUAUACAGUUAUUUGUAUAAUCUUUAGAGGAAAAAAACGUUGGUUUGUUGAAACAUGGCCAUGUUCACAUUGCAAUCUGUUUUGGCUUUUAAUUUUGUUUUCCUUGUUGAUAAGGACGUUUAUUUGCUUGCUGGCCUUUUAACUUUGUUCGGUGCUCAGUUAAGUUCAAUACUGGAAAUAACAAUUUUUAAAAAACAACAAAAAAAUGUCUGAGAAUGGGAGGGACAGUAAUAUAAAUGUCCCUCAGUGUAGGCUCUUUUGUGAAUGUGUGCUGUGCUCCUUAUUCUGCUUUAUAAUUCCAUUUGCAGAAUAAAUACAUUUCCAGAUCGAAGUAUCA